AUGGCGGUCCUUUCCCACCCCGCAGGACACGGGCUAGAACGGUCAAUCAAAGACCUUGUAUCUCUUCUCACCAAGAAAUACGUCAAGCACCGCACCGGCAUAUCUCGCGCAGUUUACCUAACGCUUUUCCUCGCCCUCGCCAAACGAAUACACAAUGCCAUUGCCGAGCAAAGGUCUGCCUCUGAGAUUCAGGCUGGAAACAGGGCUGGCACUCGAAAGUUGAAUGGGGAAGAUAGCACAGGUGCAGGAGGCGAUGGCGGUGGUCUGCCUCGGAAAAGAGUUGGCCUGAAUCGAGAGUUUCUGCGGAAUUUACUGCGGCUGUUGAAGAUCGUGAUACCGGGAUGGAAGAGCAAGGAGCUCCGACUACUGAUAAGCCAUUCGAUAUUCCUUGUUUUGAGGACGUUGUUAAGUUUAUAUGUUGCGGAGCUGGAUGGAAAACUCGUCAGCAGCUUGGUUAGGGGCAAAGGCAGGGAGUUCCUCCUUUCUCUGGCCUGGUGGAUGACUGUAGCGGUACCGGCUACCUUUACCAAUUCAAUGCUUUCGUACCACCAAUGCCAGCUGGCCCUUCAGUACCGGAAACGCCUGACUGAGUACAUUCAUAAUCAAUACUUGUCAAACAUGAACUUUUAUGCGUUAUCCGCGCUGGAUGAUCGGAUCAAGAACCCAGACCAGCUUAUUACUGUGGAUAUAUCGCGGUUCUCCAACAGCUUGGCGGAGUUAUACUCUAACCUUGCCAAACCGAUUCUUGAUAUGGCUAUUUACAAUUACUCUCUCUCCAAAAACGUGGGCGGCGAGGGUCUUUUUAUCAUGGCACUUUUGGUGCAGCUCUCCGCUAAUGCCAUGAGAGCCCUUACCCCACCUUUUGGUAAAUACGUGGCCGAGGAAGCGAAGCUAGAAGGAGAGUUCCGUUUCCAGCAUACGAGGUUAAUUGAUUAUAGCGAAGAGGUCGCUCUAUACCACGGCCAUGAAUCAGAAAGAGAUACUCUAGACAAGGGGUAUUUCACUCUUAUUAAACAUGUCAACCGGAUCUUGCGAAGGAGACUCUACCAUGGCUUCAUGGAAGACUUCGUUAUCAAAUACUUCUGGGGUGCUUUGGGUCUGAUAUUAUGCAGUGUGCCUGUCUUCUUCAAAAUCCCUAGCCAAAUAACCUCAACCAUGGGAGAUCGGACCGAGAGCUUCGUAACCAACCGGAGGAUACUGCUCUCCUCCUCCGAUGCCUUUGGAAGAGUGAUGUUCUCAUACAAGGAGAUUUCCCAGCUUGCCGGACAUACUUCUCGUGUGGCUUCUCUCUUGGAGGUAAUGGAUGACAUAACUGCCGGUCGUUUCCAGAAGAAGCUUGUCUCUUCCGUAUCAACGGAUGCUAAUGCCGCUGUUCUUGGAAAUCGCGGAACCAUCGUUGAAAGUGACUCGAUCGAAUUCACGGAUGUGCCCAUCAUCUCACCUAAUGGAGAUGUUUUGGUUGAAAAGCUUACCUUCACUGUCCACCCUGGAGAGCACCUGCUCAUCGUUGGACCUAACGGUUGUGGAAAGUCAUCUCUUUUCCGUAUUCUUGGUGGAUUAUGGCCUGUAUACGGUGGUACAGUUAAGAAGCCGUCCUUUGAAGAUAUCUUCUAUAUACCACAGCGCCCAUAUCUGUCACGCGGAACCCUUCGGCAGCAGGUCAUUUAUCCCGAUGGCCUCAAGGAAAUGCAUGAAAAGGGGGUCACCGACUCAGACCUUUUCGAUAUCUUAUCCAUAGUGGAGAUUUCGUCCAUCGUCGAUAGACCUGGUGGUUGGGAUGCCGAAGAAGAAUGGCGAGAUGUACUCUCCGGCGGGCUACAGCAACGAAUUGCUAUGGCUCGAUUGUUCUACCAUAAGCCAAAAUACGCUAUUUUAGAUGAAUGUACUUCCUCGGUCACACUGGAGAUCGAAAAGGUCAUGUACGAGACUGCUAAAGAACUUGGUGUCACCUUGAUGACCGUUUCACACAGGAGGAGUCUGUGGAAAUAUCACAAGAAGAUCCUCCAGUUUGACGGCCAGGGAAACUGUAUCUUUACCGGCUUGGACUGGGAACGCCGGCUGAAGCUUGAAGAUGAGAAGGAAGAUAUCGAUCUACAACUUCGAGCUGUCCCUGAGUUAGAACGGCGCGUUAAAGAACUCACCACGGAAUAG